AAAAUUUUAUUCACAUGUAAUAUAGAGUUAUUACCGCAGUAUUGCUUAUAAAGAAGAUGAUUUUGUCGAUAAUUACCACGAUAAUGAUAAUGGUUAUAGGCAAUGUGUAUAUCACUGUUACUCCUUUUUAAAAUUAGUCAUUAAUGAGGUAUUAAUUACAAACAUACAAUACAAGUGUACCAGAGAAUCACCAAAGUGACCUUGAUAUCCCUUCUCUCUCUUACGACUAUUUAGCGCCAUCAGUUCGCUCAUUCUCCUCACUUCUUCGUUUAUGCCAGCGAGUGCAGUAUGUAGUACAAUUUAAAUACGAGUCUAGUAAGAAAAAUUACUUGACUGUGUACAAAUGAAUAUAGUAUGUAGGAAUAAACAUAGAGAAGAGUGCGGGUAUAAAAAGAAUCAGAAAACCAAUGUGGGAGUGCGUCGUAAAUUGCUAUCGAUAUGUGAUGGUUAAGAAAGAAGGGUUUAAAGUAGUGUAGUUGAGGUUUCGAUUCAACUACUACGCUGUAUGCUGCAUGUCGGUGUGUUGUACACCGACAUUAGUUUAACGCAGCUUGGUAUUAUAUCGCAGUCGACUCACGUUCAGUGUAGAGCCAGCAGACUCAUAGAUGAGCCAGUUGUACCGUUAGCUUUUUCUUGUAUUUAAAAAAAGGUUUUAUAAAUAUAAUUGUUAAAAUGUCUGACCGAGAUUCACCGAAAAAGCGGGGAAAGAAGAAAUCAUUUUUGCACAAAGUGUCCAGUGCUUUUGCGAGGACUUUUAAUAAAUCUAGAGAGUCUUCUGACAGUGAGGAGUAUCCGUCCGAUGACAACACACCUACUAAGAGUCCCAAGGGAUUGUUGGGGGAAAAAAAAGGCGCAGAUGGACUGACAAGUGGUAAACAGCCGGUAGGCAUAACAUGUGUCACUGCUGAUAGUCUGGCAGGACAAGCGCAUGGUAAAACUUCAACAGAAUUUAGUGAAGUUGGAAAGGAAAAUAAAAAUUCUGAAAAAAGUGAAUUUGUUCAACAAAUUGCGGGGAUUAAUAAAAGUAUUGUUGGAUUAUCAAAUCAGGAUGACACGCCCUUGAGACCAUCGCGAAAUAAUAAAAUAAAUAAAAUAGAGUCAGGCUCAGGCUCGGAUAGAAAUUUUAACGCUAAGAAAAAUUUUAUGGAAAAAUCUAUGGAGAUAAAAAUUCAGGAGAUUGUUGAUGAUAAAAUUAUUCCUGGUCCAGGAGAAUUAGUCUCUGCAACUGUUGUAGCUGCUGCGAAUCCUCACGUGAUUCUUCAAGAAGAAGUUAAAAAGAUGAUUGAUGCAACUAACAAUAAGCAGAUGGAUGUAAAAGCUACCAAGCAGUUAUUGAUCAAAGAAAAGAAACACAGAGGACACAGUUGCAGUUCUGAUAGCGACGAAUCCGACUCCUUAGAAUACCCGAGCUGUGACGAAGAUGAAUCUGACACCGAGCCAGAAAAAACAAACAUUAAGGAUUUAUAUUUCACCACUGGAAAAUAUAUUACGUAUUUUUUUUUGGAGAUGGAGAGGAAGUGGUACAAUCCCCAAGAAGAGCAGUAUGGAUACAUAAUGUAUCAUUGUUCUCAAAAUCAUCACUCGAUAAAAAAACACCAGCACUCAAUUAAAAGUAACAAAGGUGAUCAAUCGUCGUCGGACUCGGCUUCCCCGCAUAUAUCCACGCAGAUGAAGCACAAGCUGCUGCACAGACGCUCGGCAGACAAUCUGAUGAUUAAUUCACUAGCUAAUUCUAUCCAACAUUCCAGUCCAGACUCUGUAAAAAGCGUCCCGAUACAUCUUAAGCCGCGUUCUACGUCGCAUGAUGCCUUGCCUAGAAAGCAGGAUCGUCCGGGUGUCCUGACGGAUGGUGCGUCGAUGGACAAUUUAGCUAAGCAGUCGCUUCUCGCUGCUCAGGUUCUCAAUUUGAUGCCUACGCAGAAAGCUAGAGAGCGCAAUUACUUGCACGGUCGCGUUGCUGUUAAUUCACUGUUGGGCCCAGCGGAACUCGAAAAAGUAUUACCCAACCGUGAGAUCAAAAUCUUCGUUGGAACGUGGAACAUGAAUGGAAGAUCACCACCGAAGCAACUGAACGACUUGAUGCUGCCUUCGGAAAUCUCAACUGUUCCAGACAUACUGGCAAUUGGGACUCAGGAAUCUUACUCUGAAAGAAGCGAAUGGGAGGCUGCGCUUCAAGAAACUCUGGGACCUUCUCACGUGCUGUUGACCAGUGCGAGUCUUGGAACUCUUCACUUGGUUUUAUUUUUGAGACGCGACCUCAUUUGGUUUUGCUCCGUUCCGGAAGAAGAUAGCUUUUCCACAAGACCUGGCACUGCUUUCCGAACCAAGGGAGCCGUGGCUCUAGCUGUCAUGCUAUUUGGAACGAGCUUUCUUUUUGUUACCGCUCAUCUUACGGCUCAUCAGGACAAAGUUAAAGAGCGUGUCAGUGAUAUCAAGAGGAUUGUUAGAAAUUUAGACUUACCUAAAGAUUUGCCUACAAAACAUAAAAAUAAAGAUGUGACACAAAACUUUGAUUGCGUUUUCUGGUGCGGUGAUUUAAAUUUCCGUUUGGCGCAGCCGCGAGAAGAGGUGAUUCAGUGGGUGACGGAUACAUGUUUCCCUAGUUCAUCAGCAGUGUCAAUGAAUAAAGACCAAUUGCGAUCAGUCCUGAACGAAGGUGCAGUUCUUCGCGGGUUUGAAGAGGCGCCGAUAACUUUUCCGCCCACGUACAAGUACGACCCAGGAACGCAAACAUUCGACUCGAGUAGUAAACAACGUGCACCUGCGUACACUGAUCGUAUUCUCUACAAAGGAAAGGGUCAUACACGUGGAUACAUUCGUCGCGUUAGCCAUGACAAUACCAAUUCAAACAAGGACGGAACUAUUGAGUGUCUUGUUUACGAUUCGGUGCCUAGUAUUUGUACAUCUGAUCACAAACCGGUUUGGGGUGUAUUCAAAACAACUGUGAGGCCGGGAAUUGACACGAUUCCUUUGGCCGCUGGAUUAUUCAAUCGAGAGAUUUACCUUGAGGGCAUAAAGCGACGAGCUGCUGCGAUGGACGAAGACUCUUCUGGUACUUCUAAAGUCUGUUCAUUGCAAUAAAUAAUUAUAAUGUUA